UUAAGUGGGGUUAGCUUACACCACAACUAUUGGCACUGCCCAUUGAUUGAAGCUCCAGCAACGUAGGCAACUGAAGAUGGUGUGGGAGGGAGGAAUUGUGCCCAAUGGCACAGAAGGCAGAAACUUCUACAUCCCCAUGUCCAACAGGACUGGGAUUGUUAGAAGUCCUUUUGAAUACCCACAGUAUUAUAUGGUAGAUCCAUGGAUCUACAAGCUUCUAGCUUUCUACAUGUUCUUCCUGUUCUGCACUGGAACUCCCAUCAAUGGUCUGACAUUGUACGUAACAGCUACGAACAAGAAGCUUCGUCAACCUCUCAACUACAUCCUGGUCAACCUGGCUGUGGCUGGCCUGAUCAUGUGCGCCUUUGGAUUCACCAUCACCAUCCAUUCUUCUCUUAACGGCUACUUCAUUCUUGGCCCCACUUUCUGUGCUAUUGAGGGAUUCAUGGCCACACUUGGAGGCCAAGUAUCUCUCUGGUCACUGGUCGUCCUGGCUAUUGAGAGAUACAUCGUCGUCUGCAAACCCAUGGGAAGCUUCAAGUUCAGUGGAACUCAUGCUGCUGCUGGAGUUAUUUACACCUGGACCAUGGCUUUUGCAUGUGCUGCCCCCCCUCUUUUUGGCUGGUCCAGGUACAUUCCUGAGGGCAUGCAGUGCUCCUGCGGACCCGACUACUACACUCUGGCUGCAGGCUUUAACAAUGAAUCAUACGUCAUCUACAUGUUUGUUGUUCACUUCAUGUUUCCCGUCACCACCAUUUUCUUCACUUACGGAAGCCUUGUGCUCACUGUCAAAGCUGCUGCAGCCCAGCAGCAGGACUCAGAGUCUACCCAGAAGGCCGAGAGGGAAGUGACACGUAUGUGUGUCUUGAUGGUCUUUGGCUUCCUGGUAGCAUGGGUACCAUAUGCCACUUUCGCUGGUUGGAUCUUCCUGAACAAAGGAGCUGCCUUUACUGCCCUGACAGCAAGUCUUCCCGCCUUCUUUGCAAAGAGCUCAGCACUUUAUAAUCCUAUUAUCUAUGUGCUCUUUAACAAACAGUUCCGUAACUGCAUGCUGAGCACUGUUGGAAUGGGUGGCAUGGUGGAUGAUGAGACCUCAGUUUCUGCCAGCAAGACCGAAGUCUCCUCUGUCGCCUAAUCACGAUGACAUCUUCAUUUCUGUGGACAUUUUCUGUAUUUGCUUCCAGAUCUUAAAAAAAAAAGAUCUAGAGAAAA